AUGGAACAGACUUCCCCUCAGUUGGUUUCUCUCCUUCAUGGAAAGCUUGGCUCCUUAGUAGGCAAGUCCUCAGGUUACGUUGAGAAUCUGCCUGAAGACGUGAAACGUCGGAUCCAUGGCUUAAAAUGUUAUCAAUCUGAACACGCUAAAUUGGAAGCUAAAUUUCAAGAGGAGAUCUUGGCCCUUGAAAAAAAAUACCUCGAGCUAUAUAAGCCGUUAUAUGAGAAACGAUCAAAAAUUAUCCGUGGGGAUGUUGAACCAUCAGAUGAGGAAAUCGCGACUGGUGCUGCACUUGAGGAGGCGGAAAAGAAGGAAGACGAGGAGAAACCAGCUCGAGAGGAAAAAGUACAGGAGAUCGUCGUAGGACCAGUUAAAGGUAUUCCGGAAUUUUGGCUCACCGCCAUGAAGAAUCUGGUGACCAUCGCAGAAAUCAUUACUGAACGUGACGAGGAAGCAUUGAAACAUUUAAUUGACAUACGCAUGUCGUAUCUCCAAAAACCUGGUUUUCGACUUGAGUUCGAAUUUGAGGAGAAUCGAUUCUUCGAGAAUAAAAUCUUGAUAAAAACUUAUUAUUAUCAGGAGGAACCAGGUUAUGGUGGCGAUUUUGUCUAUGAUCAUGCCGAAGGUACACAAAUCCAGUGGAAAGAUAACCAAAAUCUCACUGUGACAAUAAAAACAAAGAAGCAAACGCACAAGAGCACAAAGGAGACUCGUUAUGUGAAGUCUGAAGUAGCUACCGAAUCGUUCUUCCAAUUCUUCGAUCCUCCGGCGGAUCCAGAUGGCAAUGAUGAUGAUGACAAUAAUUUAGAUGAACGUCUUGAAAUGGAUUACCAAAUCGGUGAAGAUAUCAAAGAGAAAUUGAUUCCCCGUGCAAUCGACUGGUAUACUGGUAAGGCGUUGAAGUAUGAGGAUAUCCUUGAAGAUUAUGAAGAUGACGACAUCUCUCGUGAUAUUGUGAACUUUUAUUUUUACACUCUGCCAAACAUUUGUGGUGAUCCUUUUAGUCCGGGUUGUUGCAUUGGAAGUCAAGAUGAUUUAUUAUAG